UUUUUUUUUUUUUUUUUUUUUUUUUUUUUGAUUUUGCGGAGGGGGAGGUGGUCUUUUGUUUUUGGUUGUUGGUUUUUUUAAAAAGGUAUUUUAGCAAAAGGAAUUUUUAGUUGUAAGGAAAAUAUUUUCCUGUUUCAGCAUAAAUUUCUUAAUGUCAGUUAUUAUUUUAUUUUUUAGAAAUAUUGCGGUCUAUGUAUGUAUUUGGUCGUCAAUGAAAACAACAAGCAAACGAAAUGAACCGUGUGUCUACUUCAUUUGAUAUUCAAGUACAUAUUCACAACUUCCUUAUGUGAAUGCAAAGAGGUCUUUACAAAUAAGUUUUUACCUGUUUGAGUAUCUUUUCAAUGUUCUUUUCUUUCUAUUGACAGAUAAAAUCUUUGAGAGAGAGAGAAUGAGAGAGAGCGAGAUAAUAUGUGGUAUUUGUUAUGUUAAUUGUAUGCUGUAAAUCGUAAAUCUUGUGUAUCUUUAACAACAUCACAGUCAAGCAUGUUCUAUACGAGCAUUAAAGGAAUGAUAAUAUUUGUAUAAUGUUUUAACAAAGCGUUAAAUCAAAAUUAAAGAAUAACAAGAUUUUUUAUUCUGCUGUGAGACCGGUGUUUAUUGUGAAUAUUACCUGAAGCUAUCAGCGUUAGUCUCAGUAUUUCACGAAUUGUAUUAUUUCUGAAAAAUGGAACGGAACACUAUGUAUAGAAAGAUGAAUUAUUUUACGACUCCCCACGGUGUGUUACUAAUUGACCUUAGGAGAUGUCCAUACGCAAUGGUGGAGUAAGAGGGGCGUCCCCAGCACUAUUUGUGACCAAAAAUUAGUCGAAAAAAGACAAAAGUGUAAGAUUUGAUAUUAUCCACACCAACAAGUGCAUAAAAAUAAACAAAUAAAUUUUUGUGUUUUAUUUAUCAGUUUUAUUAUGUAUAAAGUAUAGCUAGAAUAAUCCAUAAUAGUGACUUAAAAGGCCUCAAACCCUAAGAGUCCCCAGACCCUUCAUCCUAUUGCCCCACCCCUUUUUAAAAAAAUCCUGGAUCCGUCACUGAUACUGUUCGUCCGGAUCUUUGUUCGAAUAAAAAGUGUCUGAUCAGUCGACCGUAGCGUGAUUGAAAUUAACAUUUUCAUACUGAUUUCACGCUGCAAACUUCAAACGAUAAACCCAUGCAACUGUAGCAUUAAAUCCGGACUGACAAUACGUCUAGAUUGCAGUCAGUCACCAUCCAACAAGGUCCGGAUGCCAGACGAUAUGUCUUCAGGACGCUAUUGAUGGGGCGCUGUUACUGAAUGGCUUUAUCACGAUGAGAAGGUGGUGGAGAGGACAACGAUUUCUUCGAGGUGUCGUACUGACAGGGCUACUGUUGGUUGUCCUCAUUCAAAUUAAAUCUUCCCAAAAUGAGAAAGGAUAUUUAGCAUCUGGCGUUUUGGUGCAUGACGCCAAUGGCAGACGUUUGUUUGGUGACGUCAGUUACGAAACGACGGUAGAUGUUUGGAAACUCCCUCAAAAGGACAAACGUCUGCUCUCAAAGAUCAAAUGGAUGAUACAAAAACCAGAGCAGGGUGAUUAUAACCUCACAAAUCCGGAUUUCACCGAUUUCUCAAGAGGACAAAGCACUCAAAUAGAUAAUAUUCUUCAAGGCAAGAAGAAGGGGUUCUUUAUAGAAAUUGGUGCCUCAGAAGGAGAGACUGGCUCUGUGUCUCUUUUCUUUGAGAAGUCCAGAGAUUGGGAAGGUCUUUUGAUUGAGCCUCAUCCUGGACGUUACAGGAAGCUGCGUCAUAAACACAGGAAAGCCCAGACAUUGAGGGCGUGUGUUAGGAGUAAUUCUAGUGGACCAAGCCAAGAAUUUGAUGACGCAAUCGAAGGUCACGUGUCAGUUCCGUGCCUGUGGAUGGAGUCCAUAUUGGAAGCAAUGGAUCGCGAGACAGUUGAUAUGCUCAGCAUAGAUGCCAAAGACCAAGAAAUGGAUAUUCUGAAGGCGAUUCCUCUGUCCGAAUAUUUCAUAAAUGUCUUGACGGUGGAAUUCGUGGAAGGCUCGGUCAGCGAUUCGUCUGUGUUGAAGUAUCUUCUGGAUAAUAACUACCAUGCUGAACACCAGUUCGUGAACCAUCCCUUACAUAGAAAUGAUUUAGUGUUCACGAGAAAAAACCCACAAAUAAAAUGAAAUAUGUUUAUAAUAAUAGUGUCUAGAACUACUUACAUUCAUUUACGUGAUUGAAUCAGUGUUUUCCCUAUGAAUAAAACCCGCGUUUAAAUGAAAGUGUGAAAGCAUUGUUAUAUGGACAAGAAUGUCUCAUCUUCAUCAGAGAGAGAGAGAGAGAGAGAGAGAGAGAGAGAGAGAGAGUUUCUCAUGUUUAGUUGAUAUAUAUUCUUUAUAGGAUAAAGUAGUAUGAGAUUGUUCGUUAUCUUCACCUUCUUUAUGUAUGUAUAUAUAUUCUCUUAUUUAGAGGCUACUACUGUAUCACUGUGAAUAAACAUAUGUUAUUGUGGCAAUACUUGAAGUUCAUGUAAUGUAUCAUUACAUGUAAUAUGAUAUAUAUGUAUCACACCUUAUUUCAUAUACUAUUUAUUUAUAGCACAAAUAAAUGGCUAAAACAAGA